UAGCCUGACUGUACAAACUACAUAAAUUUGUGUUGCAAAACUGUAACGUGUAACGUACUGAAAAAAAUUCUUAUCGCUUAAAUGCUGGUAAAUGCAUAGCGACGGUGAUAGUGAUAGCCGAUAUCGGACUUUUUUUCUCAAGUACGUCGUAACUGUCACAAAAAAUUGCACGUAAAACGUGAACAACAACGUAACCGUGUAUUUCGUUACUUCGAAGUAUGACGCGUGCAUGCAAGUACAAUUGAUCUGAGAUAUAACCUAGAACAUGUCAGCCUCCGAUUCGAGCGUUCAAGGAGACGCUUGUGCAGUGACAGGAUCCGAUGUCGGAGUGCAAUUUCCCGAAAUAAUCGACGACAAGAUAAACACCGAGAAAUUUUUGCUGGCCUCCCGCGAUAUCGUGCGGACAAUCGAUAAAUUUGGCAAAUUGUUUGCGCCCGUGCGAUACGACAUGCAAGGCAACAUCGAUAAGCUCACGACCAGGUAUUCUAUGGAUAAAACGGCCAACUCGACUCUACAAGACAUGAUCUUGCUCGAAAAAUCUACUGAAAGUAAUCUCAUCGCGGUCGAUGCCUUAAUGUGGUUAAGAAGGACCUUACAUCUGAUAUUACUAUUCUUCGAAAGAAUCAUAGAGGCUAAUAAAGCAGGAGAAGCAACAGAAGAUUUGGUCGCAUUCUUGAGAGAAGCGUACAAGGAAACUUUAGAGCCAUAUCAUGGCUGGAUGGCACAACAAUUGUUCAAUCUCCUGUCGCGUAUGACGCCUUCUCGUUCGCAGCUCCUACUGUCGUUAGCGGAUGGAAACCCAGGGAAAGAAGAUGUUACUUUAAGUAACAUGGAGAUAUCCUUAAUAAACUUAAGGAAAAAUGUAAUAGCUUUAAAAACGUUUUAUCACGCUCAUGGUCUAGAAGCGACCACCGUAGUAUGAUAUAAAGUAUACUAGAGUUCAAUAUAUCUUCGUUAUAGAAAAGAUACUGCCGGAGAAGAUAAAUAAGUAAAAUUUAUACAAAA